GGGUCAGUGCUCUAAAAUGAGUCUCUCUGGAGCGAGAAAGAAGGGGAGCCCUGCCUCUAAAAUGAGACUCUCUGGGGAACAUGACACCAAAGCUAAGAGCCCAAUCAAGCAGGAGAGACCAGCCUCCCCUGUUCCCAGCUGUGUGUCCAUGAAGAGUGACUGGUCUAUGAGUCAACCUAUACAGUUUAGAGAGGGAGACUUUUCUACUGGACAAAGAAACCAACAGGAGAGAUCAGAGUCAGAGAUUCUCAGUGGUCAGUCUUCCCAGAGUCAUCAAACAGACCUGGACUCCAUAUUCAGUUUGCUUGAACAGAAUAUUAUGACAUUUGUGAAGAACGAGCUGAAGAUGUUCAAGAGGAUUCUUAGUCCAGAACUCCCAGAAGGCUUUGAGAGUCAGAAUCAGGAUAAGGAAGUGGUGGACGCUGAAGAUGAGAAGCAGGAGAGCAGUGCCAGAGAGGGGGCUCUGAAGAUCACACUGCACAUCCUGAGGAAAAUGAACCAGAAGGAGCUUGCUGACACACUGGAUAAAUAUGAGCUUGCUGUGAUUUGCCAACGUGAACUCAAAUCUAAUCUAAAGAAGAAGUUUCAAUGUGUAUUUGAGGGGAUCGCUAAACAAGGAAACCCAACACUUCUCAAUAAGAUCUACACAGAGCUCUACAUCACAGAGGGUGGAACAGGAGAGGUCAAUAAUGAACAUGAGCUGAGACAGAUUGAGACAACAACCAGGAAACAAGCAAGACCAGAGACUCCAAUCAAAUGCAACGACAUCUUCAAACCCUUAACUGGACAAGACAAACUUAUCAGAACUGUGCUGACAAAGGGAGUCACUGGCAUUGGAAAAACAGUCUCUGUGCAGAAGUUCAUUCUGGAUUGGGCUGAAGGAAAAGCAAAUCAGGAUGUCCAAUUUGUGUUUUCAUUCCCUUUUCGGGAGCUGAAUUUGAUGAAAGCGGAUCAACACACUUUCAUUGAACUUCUCAAUCACUUCUCAAUGGAAACCAAACAAUCAAGAAUCUCCAACUAUGACAAGUACAAAGUUCUGUUCAUCUUUGAUGGUCUGGAUGAGUGUCGACUGCCCCUAGACUUCCAGAAGAACAAGAUCUGUUGGGACGUCACAGAGUCAACCUCAGUGGAUGUUCUGCUGACAAAUCUCAUCAAGGGAAAUCUGCUUCCCUCUGCUCUCCUCUGGAUAACUACCCGACCUGCAGCAGCCAAUAAGAUCCCUUCAGGGUGUGUUGACCAGGUGACAGAGGUACGAGGGUUCAAUGACCCACAGAAGGAGGAGUACUUCAGGAAGAGAUUCAGUGAUGAGGACCUGGCCAGCAGAAUCAUCUCACACAUAAAGACAUCAAGGAGCCUCCACAUCAUGUGCCACAUUCCAGUCUUCUGUUGGAUUUCUGCUAUAGUCCUUGAAUACAUGCUGAAACACAAGAGAGAAGAGAUGCCCAAGACUCUGACUGAGAUGUACACACACCUUGUGAUGUUUUAUACCAAACAGAAGAAUGAAAAGUAUCUUGGGAAAGAAGAGACAGGUCCACACUGGAAUAAAGAGAGCAUUCUGUCACUGGGAAAACUGGCUUUUCAGCAGCUUGUGAAGGGCAAUCUGAUUUUCUAUGAAGAAGACCUGAAAGAGGCUGGCAUUGAUGUCAAUGAAGCCUCAGUGUACUCAGGAUUGUGCACACAGCUCUUUAAAGAGGAAUGUGGGCUGUACCAGGACAAGGUGUACUGCUUUGUUCAUCUGAGCAUUCAGGAGUUUCUGGCUGCUGUAUAUGUGUUCCUCUCAUUCAUCAACAACAAUGAGAAUGUAAUGGACAAACUGAGAACGACGUCCAGGAGCUUUUCUGUGAGGAUCAAACAAAGGCGUAAAGUUACUUUCUACAAGAGUGCUGUGGAUAAAGCUUUACAAAGUGAGACAGGAAACCUGGACCUUUUCCUCCGCUUCCUUCUGGGCCUCUCACUGGAGUCCAAUCAGAAGCACUUACGAGGUCUACUAACAAUGACAAGAAGUAGCUCACAGAGCCAUGAAGAAACAGUCAAGUACAUCAAGGAGAAGAUCAGGGAGAAUCCCUCUCCAGAGAGGAGCAUCAAUCUGUUCCACUGUCUGAAUGAACUGAAGGACCAUUCUCUAGUGGAGGAGAUCCAAAGCUACCUGAGAUCAGGAAGUCUCUCAAAACCCAACCUGUCACCUGGACAGUGGUCAGCUCUGGUCUUUGUGUUACUGACUUCAGAAAAGGAGCUGGAUGUGUUUGACCUGAAGAAAUACUCCAGAUCAGAGGAAGGUCUUCUGAGGCUGCUGCCAGUGGUCAAAGCCUCCAGAGCUGUUCUGCUGUCAGGCUGUGGAGUCACAGAGGAAGGCUGUGCUUCUCUGGUCUCAGCGCUGAGGUCAAACCCCUCACACCUGAGAGAGCUGGAUCUGAGUAACAAUGACCUGAAGGAUUCAGGAGUGAAGCUGCUCUCUGCUGGACUGGGGAAUCCCCACUGUAAACUGGAGACUCUGAGGCUGUCAGGCUGUCUAGUCACAGAGGAAGGCUGUGCUUCUCUGGUCUCAGCUCUGGAGUCAAACCCCUCACACCUGAGAGAGCUGGAUCUGAGUAACAAUGACCUGAAGGAUUCAGGAGUGAAGCUGCUCUCUGCUGGACUGGGGAAUCCCCACUGUAAACUGGAGAUUCUGAGGCUGUCAGGCUGUCUAGUCACAGAGGAAGGCUGUGCUUCUCUGGUCUCAGCUCUGGAGUCAAACCCCUCACACCUGAGAGAGCUGGAUCUGAGUAACAAUGACCUGAAGGAUUCAGGAGUGAAGCUGCUCUCUGCUGGACUGGAGGAUCCACACUGUAAACUGGAGAUUCUGAGGCUGUCAGGCUGUCUAGUCACAGAGGAAGGCUGUGCUUCUCUGGUCUCAGCUCUGGAGUCAAACCCCUCACACCUGAGAGAGCUGGACCUGAGCUACAAUCACCCAGGAAACUCAGGAGUCAGACUGCUCUCUGCUGGAUUGGAGGAUCCACACUGCAGACUGGAGAAACUCAAGCUGUCAGGCUGUGGAGUCACAGAGGAAGGCUGUGCUUCUCUGGUCUCAGCUCUGAGGUCAAACCCCUCACACCUGAGAGCGCUGGAUCUGAGUAACAAUGACCUGAAGGAUUCAGGAGUGAAGCUGCUCUCUGCUGGACUGGGGAAUCCCCACUGUAAACUGGAGACUCUGAGGCUGUCAGGCUGUCUAGUCACAGAGGAAGGCUGUGCUUCUCUGGUCUCAGCUCUGAGGUCAAACCCCUCACACCUGAGAGAGCUGGACCUGAGCUACAAUCACCCAGGAGACUCAGGAGUCAGACUGCUCUCUGCUGGACUGGAGGAUCCACACUGCAGACUGGAGAAACUCAAUGUGGAACAUGGUGGAGAGAACAGAAUGAAACCUGGGAUUAGAAAAUAUGUCUGUGAUCUCACACUGGACCCAAACACAGUAAACAGACGCCUCUCUCUGUCUGAGGGGAACAGAAAGGUGACAUGGAGGAGAGAGGAGCAGCCGUAUCCUGAUCACCCAGAGAGAUUUGAGGACUGUGAACAGGUGCUGUGUAGAGAGGGUCUGACUGGGCGCUGUUACUGGGAGGUAGAGUGGAGUGGGAGGGCUGUUAUAGGAGUGACAUAUAAAGGAAUCAGCAGGAGAGGAGGGGUUAAGGACUGUUGUCUUGGAUACAAUGACAAGUCCUGGAGUCUGAACUGCUAUGACAACCUCCUCUACAUUGCCAGUCACAAUAAUAAUCAUGACACUACCAUAGACGUCCCCUCCUCCAGCUCCCACAGAGUAGGAGUGUAUCUGGACUGGCCAGCCGGCACUCUGUCCUUCUAUAGAGCCUCCUCUGACACACUGACCCACCUGAUCACAUUCACACACCACAUUCACUGA